UUGCUCCACCUUCUCUGCCCUUGCCGGAGCCAUGUCUCGCACACCUCGGUAUCAUCGACUCGGUGAGUCCGAGACUCAGGUAUGACUUUAUUCAGGCCUACUUUGAGACAAAUGAAUGUGCUCAACGGUUCCUUGGGAGCUGUCUACAUCUUCCGGGUUUAAGACCACCAUCCUGGAGUCAAUGGAUGGAGGAGCCCACCAUUUCCAUCAGCACCGUGCCGUUCCGGAUGAGGUUUCUCCGCCUGAAGGGUGAGAAGAAGAGCUCCGGAACGUUUUCGGAUCAGUUCCAUCGGUGCAAAGGCCCAUGGCCAACUCGACGUCUCCGUCUCCUUGAUCUCCUCACCUUGAGCGCCCGAAAGCGGCGUUGCGGCAUCUGAGGUCGUGCGCCCCGAGUCAGCAAAA